AUGCAAAUCUCUCACUAUCUUCCCCAACUACGAACCUGUGCCAGAAAACAGACGCCAUUUACCGCCAAAUCACUUCACGCCCAAAUUCUCAAACUUGGCUUAACUCAAUGUGGCCGGUUACCCAACACCAUUAUCGACGUAUAUGGUAAAUGUGGCCUUUUUCAAGACGCCCAUCACAUGCUCGAUGAAAUGCUCCACAGAGACCAUGUCUCAUGGGCUUCAAUUCUCACUGCUUACAACCAAGCCAAUGUCCCUCACAAAACUCUCGCCAUCUUCCCCGUUAUGUUUACUCUUGAUAAGUUGCAGCCUGACCACUUCGUAUUCGCUACCCUGGUUAAGGCCUGCGCUAGCUUGGGCGCCCCUAGGCAAGGCAAGCAAGUUCAUGCCCGUUUUCUGAUAUCGCCAUUUUGUGAUGAUGAUGUUGUUAAAUCAUCUUUGGUUGAUAUGUAUGUAAAAUGUGGAUUACCCGAUGAUGCUCAGGCUGUUUUUGAUUCUAUCAAGUUCAAGAAUUCAGUUUCUUGGACUGCCAUGUUAUAUGGGUAUGCUAGAAGUGGAAGAAAAAAUGAGGCUCUUGAGAUGUUUGAGAGAGUCCCAGUUAGAAAUCUGUUUUCUUGGACUGCUUUGAUAUCUGGAUUUGUACACAGCGGCAAUGGAACUGAUGCAUUUUAUUUGUUUAUUAAAAUGAGAAGAGAAGGGGUUGAUAUAGUAGACCCCUUAGUUCUUUCAAGCAUUGUUGGUUCUUGUGCUAAUUUAGCCUCAUUGGAGCUUGGAAAGCAGAUUCAUGGCCUUGUUAUAGCUCUUGGUUAUGAGUCUUGCUUGUUUAUAAGUAAUGCACUAGUGGAUAUGUAUGCAAAAUGUAGUGAUAUUGUUGCAGCCAAAAACAUUUUUGGGAGAAUGAGAAGAAAGGAUGUUGUUUCUUGGACUUCUAUUAUAGUUGGUGCAGCUCAGCAUGGACGAGCUGAGGAAGCAUUGGCCAUAUAUGAUGCGAUGGUUUCAGCUGGAGUAAAGCCAAAUGAAGUGACCUUUGUUGGAUUGAUUUAUGCUUGUAGUCAUGUAGGUUUGGUUAGCAGAGGCCGUAAACUUUUUAAAUCUAUGACUGAUGAUUAUGGGAUUAGUCCCUCAUUGCAACACUAUACAUGUUUGUUGGAUCUUCUUAGUCGAUCUGGACAUCUUGCCGAGGCUGAGAAUGUCAUUCAAGCAAUGCCAUUCAAGCCCGAUGAACCUACUUGGGCAGCUUUAUUAAGUGCUUGCAAGCAGCAUGGGAAUACCCAAAUGGGAACAAGGGUAGCUAAUCAGCUAUUGAGCUUAAAACCCGAAGAUCCUUCAACCUAUAUAUUGUUAUCAAAUGUUUAUGCCAGUGCUGCUAUGUGGGAGCAUGUAUCGAAGGUGAGAAGGUUGAUGGCACAUAUGGAAGUGAAAAAGGAGCCGGGAUAUAGUUGCAUUGACACUGGAAAGGAAAGCCAAGUGUUUCAUGCUGGGGAGCCUUAUCAUCCUUUGAAGGAUAAGAUUUUCGGGCUGUUAAAGGAGUUAGAUGGUGAAAUGAGAAGAAGGGGUUAUGUUCCUGAUAUUAGCUCGGUAUUACAUGACAUGGAUCAGCAAGAGAAGGAGAAGCAGCUGUUUUGGCAUAGUGAGAGGGUGGCUGUGGCUUAUGGGUUGCUAAAGUGUGUUCCUGGGACAGUCUUACGGAUAGUGAAAAAUCUUCGUGUUUGUGGAGAUUGUCAUACCGUUUUGAAACAUAUCAGCGGUAUUGUAAACAGAGAAAUUGUUGUGCGAGAUGCCAGCAGAUAUCAUCAUUUUAAGGAUGGAAAGUGUUCUUGCAAUGAUUUCUGGUAAUUCUAAGUGUGUUCAAGUCCUAUCUAAGGCUGUGACAUAUUCGUUCUUCCAUUGUUUUAGUUUAUAAUUGAUUUUUCGACCAUCAUUUGUUAUGAACUAUUAUAUUAA